AUGAUGGCGACCUCCGGCAUUGGUUGGAGUGAUACCGAAAACAUGGUGACUGUGAGGGAGGAAGACGUAUGGAUUGAAUACCUAAAGGUUCAACCAAAAGUUAAAGGAAUGCGUUACAAGUCGUGGCCUUAUUACGCUGAUUGGGUUGAAGUGUUUGGAAAAGAUAGGGCAAUAGGCCAAGGGGCAAUGGGAUUUACAAAUGCAGUCAAUGAAGUAUUACGCAACAACACAGAGCCAAUACCGGUCCCUACAACCCCGCAACACGUACCACAAUAUUCAUUUGAUCCUUUACAUGAAAAAUUGAUGGAGUCAUCUUCGGCUCAAGGUGGUGACAAUAGUUGUUUGAGUAAGGGAAAGCGCUCCUUGAAAAGAAAACGUGUGGUCGAAGCAGAGGACCAAAUUGUAUUUAUGUUGUCUUCAUUCUGUGAAAAUGCCAAUGAACGUUUUUCAGAAUUUUCUAAAGGAGUCGGUUUCCAAAAUGCCACAAAAGAACAACGUAAGGCCGUGUAUGAGGAGCUACGUUUAAUUUCUGGGUUGGUUACCUGCCAAAAAGUGGUUGUCGCUAGAUAUUCAUGCAAAAACAAUGAUGAGCUCGAUCUUUUCUUUAGUAUGGACCUUGAUGGUAAAAUCUCUAUGGUGCAACAGAUCUUACAAGAUUUGUAA